UGCUAUCAUAUUGAUCGCGUAUUUUAUUGUAACAAUUCCUGACAAGGUUGUGGCGGCAGACGCCAAUGGAACGAAAAUUAUUGCUGUUGGCGCGGAUGAAAUUAAGAUAGUGGCAACUGCCGACAAUGAGACAAAGAUCAUUGCCCAAGGGGACAUCACCAUAGAGACUGAAGGCGCGGACGAAAUCAACUUUGUCGCCGAAUCUGAAUCUGAUAACAACGUCGAUGAAAACGAAGUAACGACCGCCGCAGCUGCUGUCGAUUCAACAAGUAAAAGUCAAAAGACGAAUUAUACCGAACCGCCCAUGAUACCUAAAGCGGACAUAUUCCAAAACUACGGCUACCCCAGAGCUAAAAACUUACCUAUUCUAAAUCGCAAAAUAUUCAAAGGGGCCCGCGUCACAAUUCGAGAGCACCCGUACGUAGUGAGUAUCCGCCGUCUAUACAGCCACUAUAUGCCGGGAACCCUGAUCUCCCAUAACCUUGUCUUGUCCGUAGCUCAUCCAUUGUACCGUGUAUCAACGGAUGAGUUGGGUAUUGUGGCCGGGGAGAACUACUCUGACCGGGGCACGUCGAUCAACCCCGUGGUGCUGGUGAUCAUCCACGAGGAUUUCGACAACUAUACGCUGAAUAACGAUAUCUCAAUCGUACGCACCUAUGAGGAUUUCUUUAUCUCUACUAACGUGAAACCUAUCAAGCUUCAUAAUUGGAAGGCCCCGCAUCUCGGCUCCCAAGCAUUCGUAACUGGCUGGGGCCGAUGCGAUUUCACUGGCAGAGAGUUGUGCCUGCCGCGGUCGAACCACUACUACCCACGAGAAGUGCAGGACCCCAUGUUGAGAACUGUUACUUUUAUUAUCACAAAUAACUCAUUUUGUAAUGAAUACUCAACGAAUGAGGUACCCCUUAGGCCGGGCAUGAUGUGUAUGGGCACCUCGCGGUACGAGGAGUAUAUGACCUCGUGCAUGGCUGUCCCAGGAGCUCCGACGGUGGUUCACGGCCGGCUCACGGGCAUCCUGUCUUGGGGCAUUGGCUGCGGUUACACUUUUGACAUGCCCCUCGUCUAUGUCGACUUGUUCUACUAUAGAAGAUGGCUACACCACAACGUAGAAAUAUUGGAUAUACCCAAACAUGACCUAAGCAUGUUCUACCUGGCCACCAAAUCUUAUGUCUUGCAGAAAUUUUUGAAUCAUACUCAGGCACAGGACUGUAGGAAACCUAUAAACGGCGACGAGCACGAUCUACAAAUGUACGACAUAGAUUUACAAAUAGCUAAUACAAUGGGAACGGUUUACGACAUCAGAGAUUUCAUAUACCAUGGACGGUACCAUAAACAAAAACAGCGGCUUUAUUCGAAAAUAAAACAGUCUUACGCUCAAACCGCCGCCAGUGCGACUGCGAAGUCAAAGUCGAAAUCAAAGUCGUUGCCGUUCCUUAGUAAAGAUAAGAUGCGUAACCUUGGCUUCCACAUAGGUCAUGAUGGUACCAUAUCCGAGAUCGAUGAAUAUUAAGCUAAGGAAGGAGAAACGAAGAUAAAUAACAUUUACUUUCAUAAAAUUCACUUUAGGAUAUUAUUUAUUGACAUGAUUUAAAAAACUCAUAUUACGUUGGUAAUGUGGUCAGAUGAUGCUGGUGCUGGAUACUUUUACUUGUAAGUGAUGAUAUAUUGACAUUUGGUGUCAAUUUUUUUUUGGUAGAUAUAAUAUAGGCUAAAUCUUAGAUUAAGCCGUACGUUCACAACCUCUCUUUUCAUUAAAAAUAAUGAGAUUCUUGGAAAGUGGGCUACGAUUAUACCCGUAUUGUUGAUAUUGAUCUAUUAUAUCCUCGUAUCACCAUUUUUUCCCAAUUCGCUCGUGUAAAAUUCUCUUCUAAAUAACGAAUCAAAGUAAAAUCUCAGUUUUUUUAUAACCAUCACGUUUCAUCGAUUUGUAAAACUUUGACAGGCUAAGAUUUUUUUAAUCUUUGCCUAUAUUUAAACGAUAUGGUUAUUACGUUCUAAUCAUAUUUAAUGUCAAAGUUUUACAAUUUUUUAUAUUCUACAACUGUUCUUCGAAGACAUGCGACAUUUUUUGUUGGAAGUCUAAAAUAUAGUCGCUUAGGUGCAAAUAUUUUUAUUCAGUAUAGGAUAAAUUAUACUUACGGAUAGGUAUAUAAAUAAAAGCCACGGCAUAAAUUUUAGUGAUUUAUGACAUUUAUUUGGUUUAAAUCCAUUGGUAUAUUGAUGUGGAACGAGACUUACAAUUAUUGAACUAGGCAGAUCAAAUUAGCUAAACCUGAACUAUCGGACAUAAUUCAAUUCCAAAUUACUUUACUUCUAUGAGAGAAAUAAUUACUAGUAAUAAAAUAUAUGAAAUAUGUAAUAAAAUUGCUUAAAAUAAAUUAUUA